AUGUCGGCACCUUCUCUAGCAGCCCCUUCAACGGGCAUGCGUCGCCUCUCUGCCAGUGAGGCUACCAGCGACAACAUCAAGAUGGGCCCAACGGUCGUCGUCCCCCCACAACAUCUCAUGGCCCCCUCAUCAAAAGCAUCAGAAAUCGCCAGUGCCUUCGAGACCGCCAGACAUCACCUUGACGCUGCCAACACUCCUGGAUCUCCUGGCUACACUCCCCCAGAGACAUCAGUUACGGACAAAUACGCCUUCGCUUUUGAUAUCGAUGGUGUCCUCAUCCGAGGUGGACGACCCAUCCCAGAAGCCGUUGAGGCCAUGAAGAUGCUCAACGGUGAGAACGAGUACGGCAUUGUUGUACCAUACAUCUUCGUUACAAACGGUGGUGGAAAGACUGAAGCCGAGCGAUGCGUGCAACUCAGCAAGCAAAUGGAGAUGGAAGUAUCACCUGGACAAUUCAUUUGCGGACACACACCCAUGAGGGAGAUGGCAGAGAAGUACAACACCGUUCUCGUCGUUGGAGGCGAGGGCGAGAAGUGCCGCAUUGUCGCUGAGGGCUACGGCUUCAAGGAUGUCGUCACUCCAGGAGACAUCAUCAAAGACAACCAAGAUACUACGCCCUUCCGCAAGCUCACAGAGGAAGAAUACAAGAACUCGCGAGUCCGCAACUUCGCUGAGGUCGACAUUGACGCCAUCUUCGUGUUCGCCGAUUCUCGCGAUUGGGCAUCGGAUCAGCAGAUCAUCCUCGACCUGCUGAUGUCGAAGAACGGUCGUCUCGGAACCCGAUCUGCCAACUUUGACGAAGGCCCACCAGUCUUCUUCUCUCACAACGAUGUCGUCUGGAGUGCUUCGCAUGACCUUACCCGUAUUGGUAUGGGUGCUCUCCGUGUUUCACUCGAGGCCAUGUUCAAGGCUGUCACUGGCCGCGAGCUCAAGACAACCGCAUUUGGCAAGCCUCAGAUUGGCACUUUCGAAUUCGCCACCCGCCUGCUUGCCGAGUGGCGUCGCGACACCCACGGCAUCAACUCGGCUCCUUCAACCGUCUACUUUGUAGGUGACACACCCGAGUCUGAUGUGAGGGGUACCAACGAGUACAACGAGCACACCGACUCCGCAAACUGGUACUCUAUCCUAGUAGAGACUGGUGUCUACCAGCGCGGCACCACACCUCGCUUUGAGCCCAAGGCCAUUGUGAAGAACGUCCUCGACGCCGUCAGGCACGGCAUGGAGCGCGAGUACAAGAAGGCUCUCCGGGAGAGCAUGAUGGAGACUGGUGUGCUUGAGGAGUAG